AUGGCUAAAUCUGAAACUUGUCUCGUCAACUUGCGUUACCAAGAUGGCAGCAAGGGAAGCCCCUCCAACCCUGCCAAGUUCAAAAAUCAGGACUUCGCUCAGAUAAAAGCUGACUGUCUCCGGAAAGGAGAACUGUUUGUGGACAACGAGUUCCCACCAAAUGGUCUUUCUUUGGGUGAUCUGCCUGAUAUGAGUCCCUCACAGGAGAGUGAAGUGAAAUGGCUUCGACCAGCAGAUUUAUUGAGAAAACAAGGAAAGAAGGAUAAGCCUGCUUUCAGUAAAGAUGGUAUGUCACGAUUUGACUUUGGACAAGGCGACGUGGGUGACUGCUGGUUUUUAUCUGCAAUAUCUGCACUGACCUUCCAAGAAAAUCUGAUGGCACAAGUUGUGCCAAUGGACCAGUCCUUUGAGAACUAUGCAGGAAUAUUUCACUUCAGGCUCUGGAGGUUUGGAAAGUGGGUAGAUGUUGUCAUUGAUGACAAUCUGCCAACGAUCAAAAAGCGGUUAGUGUUUGUGUCCUCGAAAUGUGGAAAUGAGUUCUGGGCUCCUCUGCUGGAGAAGGCAUAUGCCAAACUUUGUGGCUCGUAUGCAGACAUGCAUAGUGGGUUUCCAUCAGAGGCCUGCAAAGAUUUCACUGGAGGUGUGAACCAGACUUACAAACUGAAAGAGAUGAACUCAGCUGGCCAUGGUGAUCUUUGGCUCACAUUAAACAGAGCAACUAGGUGCCAAUCACUGAUUUGUUGUUGGACGUCCUGCGAUAAGGUAAAAAAUAAACAAACAAAAACCCCCAAUGGAUUGGUGAAUGGGCAUGCCUAUUCCAUUACAGGUGUCACUAAGGUGGAAUUAAACGGCUCCAAAGUCCGACUGGUGCGAGUCAUGAACCCAUGGGGCAAACGGGAGUGGAACGGAAAAUGGAGCGACAAGUCAGAUUUGUGGGACAAAGUAAGUCCAGAAGUUCAAAAAAAGUGUUUUGACCGUGAUGACGGAGAGUUCUGGAUGCAAAUGGAGGACUUCUGUUCCUAUUUUGCUUACGUAUCCAUCUGCUGUGAGACCCCUAACUUUCUUGAUGGAGACUUAAAAUGUCAGUGGAAUUGCAUGAUUUACGAUGGCAGCUGGGUAGCAGGGAAAUCUGCAGGUGGCGAUGUGAAUCACUCCACCUUUGCAACAAACCCUCAGUAUCGCAUCCGGGUGACUGUUAUAGACAAGAAGGAGCCAGGAGACAAAAACAUCGUGCUCUCCCUGAUGGAGAAACCUCAGCAGGGAAAUCGCAAAGAGAUACGCCUCGACCGAUAUGGACUUACCAUCUAUAAGACCCCACAAGGACACCUGCAACAGGAUUUCUUUCAGAGGAACAGGCCUGUGAAAGCAGAAAAGACUUACAGCUCUGAGCGAGAGCACAUUGAACUCCACAGUCUGGAACCUGGAGAGUAUGUGAUCAUCCCAUCCACCUAUAAACCCAACAUCACUGCAGAUUUCGCUCUCGCUGUCUACACCAAGACUGACAAAUAA